CUAGAUCUCGAACCACGACCAUGAAUUUCGAGGAAAACAUUUACAUUUUCUGCGAUGGCUGCACUAAAGAGCUGCACAAGCCGUACUUCGAUGCUCUUCCUUCUAUCGUUCGCUCUCUCCGCUCUGCAUCGCUGGUCACCCCUUCUGCCGAAAUGGUCAAAAUAAAUACCAAACUCAAAUCUGAAAUAAUUCGCCUUGAAAAACUCAUAAAGGCUCUUCAGUGCAACCUCGGGAGACUGAAGCGUGUAGUUCCUACCUAUGCGUCUCUAUUCGCUCCUGUUCGCCGUCUUCCGUUCGAAGUUCUCCAGGCAAUAUUCGAACAAACCCUCUACUCCAGUCUGGACGACAUCUUCCCGUCGUCGAACACAAAUAAGACCAUGUCCCUUACUCCUAUCCGACUAGCAUCAGUUUGCUCCUUCUGGCGGGGAGUAUGUCUCGCAUCUCCUAACUUGUGGAGACACAUGUACAUCUCUAUCAGUGUCCAGGACAUACACAGUCGCGAGCUCAACCUCAUCAGGGUUUUUCAGAAGCGUGCACAGUCCAAGGAUAUCUUAUCGCUGCGGAUCCGUUCUCUUGUAAGGAACGAGAACGACGGUGCCCCCGAGGAGGCAGACCAUCCGCAUAUCCUAGCGGCCCUUCUGCUCUCGCCUCCCGAGUCUCGGGGUGGCCCAGAAACGGUGCCAUAUCUGAGCGUGGACGCAUGCCGGGAUGUCAUUUUUGAGCCAUCCUAUCGAGAAAGACCUGACUUCUCCAUAUUCCGUCGUGAUGGUGGAAAUGAUACCGUCCAAUUUCGUUGGCCUUCCCUAAAAUGUCUCGGUAUAUCCCCCAUUGCGCCCGGCGCGCAAUUAGGCGCCUCCAGUCCAUGCACUCUUUUCCGAGAUGCGCCUCUCCUGCAUGAACUCAACAUCUCUAACCAAUGUUUCAAUCCCCGUCACUUCAUUCUUCCGUGGACCCAAAUAACCACUGUUCGAAUCCACGACUAUCAUGACACUCACGUCAUUUCCGCCUUUUUGCAUCAGCUUCCCAAUAUCGAGCACGUAGAAUUUUCUAGGUGCAACUUACCAUGUCCUCAGGUCAAUUACAUUGUGCCCCUCACUUCUCUAACGACAAUACAUUCCGAUGCAGCGGUGGGAGCGGCUAAGUUCCCCAGGUUGGAGCACCUUGAGCUCCGAAACACAAGCGAAGGGGAGAAGAGCAUCAUCCUUCAGCCUAGCGCCCUACGAAGGUUCAUCUCGAACUUGCUCUCCGUUUCAGCUGGUUUGACAGAACUGACUUUGGUGUGCGUUCCCAUCGCCUAUGAGUACGUCCUCAUGGCACUCGACCAAGCGGUACACCUUAAGUGCCUUGUGAUUGUCGAAGACACAUACGACUGUGAUCUUGUUACGCCCGAGUUUAUUGAGGGCUUGAAGAGGCUGGUGCCGGUCCUCGAGUAUCUGAAGUUGGUAUGGCGGGAGUAUGAAUCCAUUGAGGAGGAGCUGGUCGUCAGGAUGCUUGAGACAAGGUGUAAUACCACUUUGACGUCGGCAGUUAUUGGACCUAGGCGCGGCGGCCCGCUGCAACGAGAGGUAUUGGAUAGGAUGCAGGCGUUGAGGGAUCGGGGGUUAAUAGUAACAUUGUAUUAGUUGCUUUCUUGACAAAAAAAUCUAUCUUUCCAUUUCAAAUAUUCCCGGACAUUCUCCAGUGUAACGUAACCAAGAUCCGCCUCCCAGUCAC